CCACGGAGUAGGAAACGGACGCUAUAAAUGUCGGACCACUCACUGAAGAUAAAAGCUAUCAAUAUAUCAGACAUAUUUAUAUUUGUUCACUAGUUUUUAUUCAGAUCUGUACUUAUAGUAAUGCAUAAGAUACACUAUUGUUUAUGACUCUUUCAACAAUGGAGAAGGAAGGUAUAACUUGUGAAGCUUUGGAAAAGUUUUGCAGGAGCCAUGAACAAACAUAUGAGGAAUUUCUGGAAUCUUUUAUUCACCUUAGAAAAGAGGACACAAAGGAACAAAAUACAGUACCUCCGACCAUUGCGGACAUAGCAGAAGAUGCUGAAAAAUGUAUAGAUAUGAAGAAAAUACUGACAAACUCUCCUGAGAAGGGAGGACAAUCAUCUAAGGAUGAUGAAGAGACAAGAUAUGAACCGGAGGUAGAGAAAUGUAUUGACAUUGAAGACAUAGACAGUGACAAAGGAAGUGAACAGCAAAGUUGCACUGAUGCUACAGCCUUGCUGAUUAAUAAGACUAAAAAACAGCCUAUUGUUGAGACUAAUAUUGUGGGCCACUGCCAUGAAGCACUCCCAGGUAAAAUCAGAGAGGAGAUUCCUGCAAAUUAUUCUCAUUGUGAAUGCAAAUACACGAUCCUUGACUUCAAAGUGUAUCCAUGUGUUGAAGAGUUUAAUAACAAAGCACAUGACCAGGCAUUGACAGAUGAAGUCCAGCCAUUCACAUUGGAUGAAGAAUUUGACUAUAACUGUGUCUAUCUUAAACCCAAGUAUAGUGAGGCUGAACUUAAGAAUCUUUCUGCCUUGUCACAACAGCAAAAAGAAAGUGGAGAAUAUAAUGCAGCAAAGCUGAGUGACUCUGACUUAUAACACAAUUGCCACUUUUUGAUGUGGUCUACCAGGCAGCAUUACUUUCUGUUACAAACACUUUGCCGCAUUUGAAGCAGAAUUUGGGUAUGAGAACUUUACAAUCCCACAAAAAUUUCUACUAAUUAAAAUCAUUCAGUGAAGUGUUAAUAGAUUUCAUAUUAGUUUAAUAACAUUUCUUAUUUUGAAUCAUUAAAUUAGACAAAGAUAUAAAAUGACUUUGAUUCAUUUGUGUUUUUUUCUAUGUUACAAAGCCUCAUGUUGCCCCAUUAGAGAUAUGAUGAUUAUUAUGAAAUAUAAUAUAUACCCAUCCAGUUUCACGUAUCCAUUCUUUGAACUUGAACAGAAUGAGGGAAUAUUUGCCCAUUCCUAGUUGUUUCACUUUUAGAAGACAGUUUAUUUGUCUGCUCCAAAGCUAUAUUGAAGCUUGGAGCUAAGUGACCUUGAGGGAAUGCAAGACAAGUAAUGACUUUUUGGUCACUUGAAGGCAUACAGUGAAAUCUUUUAUUCCAUUGCCAUUAAUUGAGAGUAGCCUGACUGGCUGAAACUGGUCAUAUUGGAUCUUUCCUAAACAUAUCAUAUUUCUAAAGCUUCAUUGAGCUGAUGCAAUGUUGAUGCUGGACUGGAAACGUUUGGUUAGCAGGGCACCUCUUUUAAAAUAAUACUAGUGUAAUGUUAGAUAGAACUCAUAGGAUUUCUUUUGUAUUUAGUGCACCUGGGCAUUAUUUGAUAUUUGACAUGAAUCAGAAUUCUGUGAUAAAGGCAAAUUUGAGCAGAGGCUAGAUAUAAUAUCCAUCUGAUAUUUCAGGCCAGAGGUGGUUACAAAAGCUUACACUCUUGCACUUGUACCUAUCAUUACUGAUUAUGGAAAUUUACUAUAGUAUAUUAGUAAGAUUUUGUAUGUUGUUGACUAUUCAGAAACCUGUAGAGUCAUACAGCACAGAAGCAGGUUCUUCUGCUUCAUGUCAAUGCUCACCAUUGUGCUUAUCUAUACAGUUCCCAUUUAUCCACGUUUGAUCUCCAGUUGUCUAUGCCUUGGUGAUUCAAGUAUAGUUUCCUACAAACUAGAUAGAAACAGCAGGUAAAUUAAUGUGACAUAUACGGUUUGAGUUUUAUUGGUUAGCAAAUUAUUAUUUACUCUCAAUCGCAAACAAGUUUCAAUGAGACGUCCUUCUAAUAGGCUCACUCACUUGUCCUAUUUUUUAUUCUUAAGGUUGAAUAAUGAUUUGUUUUUCUCAUCUUUUUCACUAUCAGCAGGUUGGCAAGUAUAGGACAAGAGCAUAGAAGAUUGCUGUUUUUUCUCUUUGUAUUUCAAACAGAAAAUAAAAUUUAAGAAUGGCAGGAUUUAUUUCUGUCAAGAUGUAAUAGCAAGUAUUCUUAAAUAAUUCCAUACAGCUCUUGGCAAUGUUUAACUCUAGAGCUAAGGAUACAUUUAAUCAGUUUCUGAACAAAGUAGAUAAUACUUAUUCUAGAGUAUUGGAAAAUAUUUGCAUCUUAUUUUAUUAAGACAUGGUCAGUGAGCAUUGUUUUGUGCAGGGGAGAUCAUGUCUGAGAAAACUUUUGGUGCAUUUUGAAGAGGUAGUAAGUGGAUUGAUGAAGAUCAGGCAGUAGAUGUUCUCUAUAUGAGCUUUAGUUCAGCCUUUGACAAGGUCCGGGAUGGCAGCUGAUCUGGAAAGUUAGAUCAAAUGGGCUUCAGGAGAAGCUAGAUAGAUCUCACUGAAUGUGGUGCAAUUGCAUUACGGCGCUAGCGAUCACCAAUCUGGGUUGGAUUGCUACCACUGUCAGUAAGGAGUGUGUACAUUCUCCCCGUGACCACAAUCUAUGUAUCUAUCACUAUACUCCAAGUGUGGAUUCACCAUUGUUUUAUAUAAUUGCAACAUAUUGUCUCCUCUUUUAAAUUCAAUGCUUUGUCUAAUGACGGCUAGCACUUUCUUCACUACCCUUUCUGCUUGCGCGGCCACUUUCAGCAACUGAGCACUUGUAUUCCCAGGUCCCUCAGUUCCAUGACACUCAUCAGUGCCUGCCAUUCAGUAUAUAGGUCUUAUCCUGAUUUGACUGUCCAAAAUGCUUCACCACACUCUUGUCUAAGUUGAAAUCCACUUGCUGUUCCUCAGCCCAUUGGAUCAAGACUUCUUUGCAGUUCAUUGUAACCUGCCUCACUAUCAACAAAACCCACUUAUUUAGUAUCAUCAGCAAACUUGCUAAUCAUGCUAUGUAUAUUCAUAUCCAAAUUAUUUAUAUUAAUAAUGAAUAACGGAGAACUCCGAAGCACUACUAGUCACAAGCCUCCAGUAAGAGAAUCAACCUUCAGUCGUCACCCUCUGUUUCCUAUCAUUGAUCUAUUUCUAUUGAUCCACCUCAAAAUUUUUAUAAAAAUGAGCUUUAUUUGUCAUAUGUACACUGAAACAAACAAUGAAAUGUGCAGUUAUCCGUGAACAAUCAACGCAGUCCAAUGAUUGUGCUGGGGACAGCCCGCAAGUCUCCCAGUGUUUCUGGCGCCAACGUAGUGUGCCCACAUCUCACUAACCCUAACCGUACAUCUUUGGACUGAGGGAGGAAACUGGAGCACCUGGAGGAAACUCAUGCAGUCACCGGGAGAACAUACAAACUCCUUUUAGACAGUGGCAGGAAUUGAACCCCAAUUGUUGAUUUCUGGCACUGUAAAGCAUUGCACUAAUCACUACAUUAUUGUGCCACCUGCUUUUGUCAUCCUUUUAUAGAAAAGCACAUUGUCAAGCUGGAGAGGGUGCAGAAGAGAUGCGGAUUACGUCAGGACUGGAGGGCCUGAUUAUAGGAAGAGCUUUCCAUGUUGAAUCUUUAUUCCCUGGAGAGCAGGUAAAUGAGAGGUAUGGAUAAGGUGGAUGGUCAUAAGGUUGGAAAGCCAAAAACUAGAUACAAGAUAAGAGGAAAGUGAUUUGAGACCUGAGAGAGAACUUUAUAGAGUGAAGUGAGUACGUGGAAUGACCUAUCAGAGGAACUGGUUGAGGUGGGUAUAAUUGCAACAUGGAAGGAGGGGGUUGGAGGCUAUGAGUCUUACACGGGCAGUUUGUACCAGCAGAGUGGAUGCUGCAGUUGGCAUGGAACAGUUGGGCCAAAGCACUUGAUUCUAUGCUGUAUUACUUUUAUUUGUUUAUGUGUGAUGGAAUACUGAAAAAAUGCAACUUUAUGCUAAUACACAUAAAUGCUUUUAUUUGUGCUAAAGAAAUUUCCAGUAUCUUGUAGUUAUUUUUGUUAUUAAAGUUCAACGUUCAAAAUAAAUUUUAUUAUUAAAGUAUAUGUA